GUGAGCAAUAAUAACCACAAUAACCAAACCUCAAAGUGACCACAACAAAUUCUGUGAUCUGUGUUGUUUUUUCAUUUAAUCAAUAAAAAAAUGUUGCGAAGACAGGCCCGACUGAGGCGAGAGUACCUAUACCGGAAAUCAGUGCAGGAUAAAUUGAAAAAUAUUCAAGAGAAGAAAGAACGACUGAAGAAAAGUCUCGAAGAAAAUACUCCAAUUCACCCUGACCUCCGUAAAACAGCCCUUUAUCUCCAGAGAAAAGCAGAAUGGGAGGACGCAGGUCCAGAGCUGGCAGCAGUGACAGGUACAGAGAUGGGAGGAACAACUGGAGACCACGAGGACGAUGAAUACCGUUGGGCAGGUGUCGAGGAUCCAAAAAUCGUGAUAACGACAUCACGAGAUCCUAGUGCUCGUCUCAAGAUGUUCGUAAAAGAGCUCAGACUAAUAUUUCCAAACUCCCAAAGAAUGAAUCGAGGUAAUUACGAGAUGAAGCAGCUGAUUCACGCAUGUCGUGCCAACGAGGUGACAGAUUUUAUAAUUGUCCACGAGCACAGGGGCAUCCCUGACUCCCUGGUGAUCUGUCAUCUGCCUUACGGUCCAACAGCCUAUUUCACGAUGACUGACGUCGUCAUGAGGCACGACAUCCCAGACAUCGGGACAAUGUCCGAGCAGUAUCCCCACCUUAUCUUUCAUAAUUUCAAGAGCAAACUCGGGGACAGGGUCACCAGCAUCCUCAAGUAUCUCUUCCCAGUCCCCAAGGAAGACAGCAAACGAGUCAUCACAUUCGCUAAUCACGAUGAUUACAUCUCCUUCAGGCAUCACAAUUACAAGAAAAUUAAUGGGAAAGACGUGGAGCUCGUUGAGGUUGGGCCCAGGUUUCAGCUAAAACUCUACGAGAUUAAAUCUGGAACUCUCGAUGCAGCUGCUGCUGCUGACACCGAAUGGGCCCUCAGGCCCUACAUGAACACCAGCCACAAGAGGAGAUUUUUGUCACAGGAGGAUGGCUGGCAGCAGGAGGACGAUUUGUAAUUCUGUAAGUGCUCGGUGGAUGAUUUGUAAUUUUAUGAAAUUCUCAUGCGUUUGUAAUUAAAAAUAAUUCAAGACAAAUUCGGAUUUUCAUUUUAUUUUCAACUCUAUGAGACAACAGAAUCAUCAGCGAGAAUGAAAAAAACAUGGUCAUGGCAUUUUUUUUUAUUUAACUGGCCAUCAUUUCAUUAAUUAUUCCUAAUCCUUCAGCGAUAAUCUUCCACAAUUAACAAAAAUCACUCGUCAGUUGAAUAAAUCACGAAUGAGUAAUGCUUGUUAGGGUACGCAUUUUAGUAAUACUUCUGUUGUAUUCUUACAUUUACGAUCCUUGAUAUAAAACUUGUCCAAACACUUCUGUCUCAAUAAUUUUUAUUUUCGUCAAUUUCAAAAUAGAAAAGAAAAAACAAUAUUUAAAAAAAAAAAGGGGGGGAGGGGGAGUUAGGACAAAAUAUAUUACUUAAAACAACGUACAAAUGUAGAUCAUAAAAAUUGUUAAAUAAUAAUAAUUUAAAAAUAAA